AUGUCUGAUGUGAAGAAGAAGGGAACAAUCUACCAGUUGAAGCCAGACCAGCCAUGUUUUUGUUCAGCUGAGGAAGGCGUACUGUCUGCGGCAAAGUUGAUGCUUGAAAACAGUGCUCAUUGUGUGUUGGUGCAAGAAGGGAACAGGACAGUGGGUUUAUUCACUGCGAAAGAUUUUGCUUACAAGGUAGUUGGUAAAGGAAUAGACCCUGAUUCAGCUUUAGUAAAGGAUAUCAUGACCACUUCGCCGUUGUUUCUUCAUAUGAAUACUCCCAUGACAGAGGCGUUAGAAAUCAUGGUUAAAAGAGGCAUCAGACAUUUACCUUUGUUGGACAAUGAAGAGAACAUCAAGGGAGUUUUGGAUAUCACAAGGUGCUUCCAUCAGGCAAUGUUAAGGCUUGAAAAGAUAUCAAAUAAUGCCAAAAAAUUGAAUCAAGUGUUACAAGAAGUUGCUGAAGAUUAUGAAGAUAGUAGAAGUUUACAAGCACAAUCUAUCAUAGAUGAUAUCAAAAGAUUAAUGCAGUUAAUUGAGGUGCCAACAUUACACUCUAUUGUUGAAGGAUCAAAACCGGCUGUUUAUAUCGAUUCGCAUGCUUCUGUUCGAGUUGCUGCUGAGAUGAUGAUUGCAAAUUCCACAACAGCCUUAAUAGUUAAUGAUGGAACUUCGUCACCAAAGAGAGUGAUUGGAAUCUUCACGAGUAAAGACAUUUGCUUCAGAGUUUUAGCUAAAAAUUAUGAUCCUGAUACUUGUACAGUGGCAAGGGUGUUAACAACAAGUCCAGAAUUCGCAAAAAGUAAUAUUACCAUUAGCGCUGCUUUAAGAUUGAUGUUUCAAGGUCAUUUUUUGAAUUUACCAGUUACAGAUGUUGUUACAGAUGAAAUCAUCGGAAUCGUAAGCGUAUUACAAUUAACAUAUGCUGCUUUAUCACAAUUGGGCAAGAAAGAUGGGGUUGAUAAAAGCUCAUUCACUCCUAAAACAUUAGAAGAAGUCUCAAAUAGACUUACAGAUGAUGAAACUCCAUUAUGGGAUAGCUUUUGGCGUUCAGUUGAUAAAUCAGUUGAUGACUUACAAAACUUGGAAUCAAGUGUUAGUGGUAAAACGUCAAGUCCAACUCAUUCGAGAUCUCAAACACCAAGACAAAGCCGUCAAGCUUCAAUAAAUCAAUUAAUGAUGUCAACAUCAAGAAGAACUUCAUUUAAUAGAAGAAGAGAAUCUGAAGACUUAAGCUCCACUAUAAGUGUACCAACUAGGGUUAAUAGAACUGUUUCAUCAGAUUCAUUAAUAGCAAAAUCACUUUCAUUAGCUAAUAAAAAAACCAUAUACUUCAAAAUAAAAGGUCCUAAUCACACAAGAAGUCAUAGGGUCAGUAUCACAUUAUAUGACGGCGCAUUGGCCAAAGAUAAGACUGGGUUGUUAGAGCUGUUGAAGAUUGAAAUUAAGGAAAAAAUCGGUGUUGAAGUUGAAUAUCAAGAACUAUAUUAUAACAAUCGUGAUAAAGAUGAAUUGCAAAUCAUUCAAGAUGGGAUUCAAUUGAAUGAUUCGAUUGACAACUCUGACUCACAAGAUUCACGCUAUGUUGAAAUAGUGGUUAAAGAUUCUUCAAGACAUUGGUUCAAGUCUAUAUGCUCUUAUUGGAAUUUUCUGAAACUUAAAACCAAAUUACUGUUUUUUGAAACAUCCUUGUUCCCCAGCGCACUGGUAAUCCUCUCUGCUGGAAUUUUCAUGGGAUAUACGAUCUCCAAACACAACUAG